CCACUGGUUUCGUUCUGAGUGUCCUGCACCCAAAAGCUGCGAGCCGCUGAGGGUCGCCACGCACGGAUAACAGCAGAUGUGUUGCUUAGGGGUGCUCUCAGGAGAUGCUUUGUCCCCCUGCAAGCAUGCACCACUUGCUUUGCAUGCAGGGUGCAACCUUUGCACGCGCUGCAGGGCGGUGGGCUGUGGGAUGGAGCAAAUUGAGGGGUUCUCAUUCAGUGGGGUGAGGAAUUACGCUCCAGGACAGCCUGUGGUAUUUUUAAAACCAUUUUCAGUAUUUCUGAAGCCACAUUUUGGGGGAGAAACGGUGGGUUUUGGGGCUGGGCGCAGAGGGGGGCUUUGCAGAGCGAGCAGAGCAAAAGCUUUUGGCAACAGGAUGCGAUUAGAGAUAAGCUGUAAUUGGCUGCUGCUGCUGGGCUCAGCGCUGAGCUGUGAAAAACAAAAUCAGAAAGCUGAUUAAAAGCAGAAUUGAAAGUAGAGCUGUGGGGUGAGCGCAGAAACAGGAGCAACGAAUGGAAAAGAACACCUGCAGGAAGGGCAACGGACCGAGCAGAAAACGAAAGCUGCUCUGUCAUUUAUCGCUGUCACCGCUAUGGAUGAAGAUAACCCAGCUGAGAGCUUCCAGGACGAGGCUUCCUGCUCCCUCUGCUUGGGCUUCUUCCAAGAUCCCGUCUCCAUCCACUGCGGGCACAACUUCUGCAGGGCCUGCAUCACCCGCUGCUGGGAGGAAGAGGAGCAAACCUUCCCCUGCCCUCGCUGCAAGGCGACGGCCACGCAGCCAAACCUGCGGCCCAACCGCGAGCUGGCCAAGAUCAUCGAGAUUGCCAAAAGGCUGAGCCUGAGGGCCCCCGGUGCUGGGGAGAGGCUCUGCGAGAGGCACCACGAGGUCCUGAAGCUGUUCUGCGAGGAGGACCAGGCUCCCAUCUGCCUGGUGUGCAGGGAGUCCCAGGCGCACCGCCUGCACGCCGCCGUCCCCAUCGAGGAGGCGGUGGAGGAGCAGAAGGAGAAAAUCCAGGCUCACGUGCAGAUCCUGAAGGAAAAGAAGGAGAAACUGCAGGGGCUGAAAGAGGCUGAGGAAGGGAAAAGCCUGGAAUUCCUCGAGAAGGUCCAGCAGGAGAGGCAGAAGGUGGCGUUGGACGUCAAGGAGCUGCAGCGGUUCGUGGAGCAACAGGAGCGUCUCCUGAUGGGGCGGCUGGAAAAGCUGGACCAGGAAAUCGUGAGGAGGAAAGAGGAGAACCUGGCCAAGAUCCUGGAGGAGAUUUCCUCCAUCAGUGAGCAGAUCUGCGAGCUGGAGGAGAAAUGCCAGCAGCCACCGUGUGAAUUCCUACAGGACAGCAGGAACAUCUUGAGCAGGCUGGAGAAUGAGAAAUCCCAGAAGGUGACAGAGAUAUUGCCUGCAGCAGGAGGGAACCCAACCAGCCCUGCUCAGAAAAACACCUCCCUCAAGGAGACAUUGAUGCAGUUUCGAGAAAGUCUGACGUUGGAUCCCGACACGGCGCAUCCCCGGCUGCUCCUGUCCGAAGACCAGAAAUGCGUGCGAUGGGAAGAAGCCCGGCACCCCACCCCUGACAACCCCAAACGCUUCGAUUCGUCCCGCUGCGUCCUGGGCUGCCGAGGCUUCAACGCCGGGCGGCACUACUGGGAGGUGGAGGUGGGAGACGGGGAGGCGUGGGCCGUCGGAGUGGCCAAGGAGUCGGUGGGGAGGAAGGGGAGGAUCAGCGUCAAACCCGAGGCGGGGAUCUGGGCGGUGGGGCAAUGCGGGGCGCAGUACCAGGCUCUCACGUCGCCCGCCAGCCCCAUCGCGCUGCUCUCUGCCCCCAGGGUGAUUGGGAUUUAUCUGGAUUACGAGGCCGGGCGAGUGGCGUUUUUCGACGCCAACAACGAGGUGCCCAUUUUUGCCUACCCUCCCACUUCUUUUGGAGGGGAGAGGCUCCUUCCAUUGCUCUGCCUGGGGAGGGGCUGCCGCUUCACACUGGGCCCGUGAGACCCUGAGGGGCAGCAAUGCAUCGAGCGUCACUCAGUCAGAUGUGGGGAAACCAGAGGGUCUCAUCACCUGAAAUGUGGGGAAACCAGGGGGUCUCAUCACCUGAAAUGUGGGGAAACCAAAGGGUCUCAUCACCUCAAAUGUGGGGAAACCAGAGGGUCUCAUCACCUCAAAUGUGGGGAAACCAGAGGGUCUCAUCACCCGAAACGUGGGGAAAUCAAAAGGUCUCAUCACCCCAAAUGUGGGGAAACCAGAGGGUCUCAUCACCCCAAAUGUGGGGAAACCAAAGGGUCUCAUCACCCCAAAUCUGGGAACACUCCAUGGUUUCAUCACCCCACAUAUGGGGUCACUCCACAGAUGGCUUUUGGGACAUCACCCCGCAGAGAUGGCUUUUGGUUCACGACCCCAUGAGUGUUGCCUGCUAAAUCCUGGAUGCAAACUGCAGAAAUCACAAGAAAUUACUUCUCCUAAGCAGCAUUUGUGGUGUUUUCUCAGCGUGGGCAACGGGAUUGGGGGUGGUGAAUGGGAACAUCUGCAGAACCCCCGAUGUGUCAGAGCACAGCAGCCAUUCCUGCUUCGUGCAAUGGCCACGUUGCCUAAAACCCCCCAAAUUAAGGCAAGGAGCUAAAAUGGAAGGAAAAUUGACCAGAAAUUGAGAGAAAAAAGGGAAAAAUAAAAGUAAUUUGGGGUAGGUGUGAUGAAGUAGGCAAUGAAAGCAGUUUAUCAGCAUCCCUGGUGGUCUAGUGGUUAGGAUUCGGCGCUCUCACCGCCGCGGCCCGGGUUCGAUUCCCGGUCAGGGAAUGUAGUUUUUUCCCCCCAAUUCUCCCUUUUUAUUUUUCCCCUUUUACUCGUUGGAAAGAUUCUGAAUUUCCCCCCCAAAAAAGGGAAUAAUUCCCCUGCUUUUUUUGCUUCUGUUUCCUUCCCAACUCCUGCCGACGGGAAGCGUUGGGUUUCACUUCCAAACGCAGCAACAAUAAUAAUUAAAUCUCAAAAAGCGGAA